CCCGGCAGCUCCAUCCGUUUUGCUUUCGUCCCAAGGAUUACCUUCGAAGACGGAGGAUGCGAAACACGCCCCCCACGCUCGGAAUCGCGAGCCUCCGGAAUUCAUAACAGACGUUCCUCCCCAGGGUAUGAAGCCCAUGGAUAGUAAUAGAGAUGGAUGAAUGAGACAAAUCUACAGUGACAAUCCUGCACACUCAAGAUUAAAGGAGACUGAAGAUUAUUUUCAUUGAAGAAUUAAGUUUUGGACGGAAGCUGUUAGUCUUUGUCAUUCAGCAUCCUCUUAUGUAUGAAUGCUACAGCUGCAUUUCCUGGUGAUGUUUCUCAAAGAAGAUGAAUUUGGCUGAGAUUUGUGAUAAUGCUAAAAAAGGAAGAGAAUAUGCACUUCUGGGAAAUUAUGACUCUUCCAUGGUUUAUUACCAGGGUGUCAUCCAGCAAAUUCAGCGGCAUUGUCAGUCGAUCAGAGACCCAACGUUAAAGGGCAAAUGGCAGCAGGUUCGGCAAGAAUUAUUAGAAGAAUUUGAACAAGUAAAGAGCAUUGUCAACACUUUAGAGAGUUUUAAAAUAGACAAGCCUACAGAUAUUCCUGUAUCUUAUCAAGAUGAACAUUUUAGAGAUCCAACUGUUUGGCCACCUCCUGUUCCAGCUGAGCACAGAAUCCCACCUCAGAUAAAACGACCCAAUCGAGAAGUGAAACCUCUGCGGAGAGAAUUGCCAGGAUUACAGCGGGGACCUGUGGGCAGAGCUCAACCAAUAUCAAAAAAUGAAAAACCUGCCAGUAGUCGAGAGAGGGAAUCUAGAGCAAAAGGGAAAGAUGAAAAGGGAAAGAAGAUCCCCCAGGAUGGUGGUGGUGACAGUGAAAUUCAGAAAUUUGAUGGGACAGGAUAUGAUAAAGACCUGGUUGAAGCUCUUGAGAGAGAUAUUGUGUCAAGAAAUCUCAGUAUUCAUUGGGAUGAUAUAGCAGAUUUAGAAGAAGCCAAAAAAUUAUUAAGGGAAGCAGUUGUUCUUCCACUAUGGAUGCCAGAUUUUUUCAAAGGAAUCAGGCGACCUUGGAAGGGAGUGCUUAUGGUUGGCCCUCCUGGGACUGGUAAAACCAUGCUAGCAAAAGCUGUUGCUACAGAAUGUGGAACUACAUUUUUCAAUGUGUCUUCUUCCACCCUCACAUCAAAAUAUCGAGGCGAGUCUGAAAAGUUAGUUCGUUUGCUGUUUGAAAUGGCCAAGUUUUAUGCACCUACAACCAUUUUCAUUGAUGAAAUAGACUCUAUCUGUAGUCGCAGAGGCACUGUGGAUGAACAUGAGGCAAGCCGCCGAGUCAAGUCAGAACUGCUGGUUCAGAUGGAUGGUGUAGGUGGAGCUCUGGAGAAUGAUGAUCCUGCAAGAAUGGUGAUGGUGCUUGCUGCUACAAAUUUUCCCUGGGACAUCGAUGAGGCUUUGAGAAGGAGGCUGGAGAAAAGGAUUUAUAUACCUUUGCCAACAGCAAAAGGCAGAGUAGAGCUGCUUAAGAUUAAUCUUCGGGAAGUCGAACUGGAUCCUGACAUUAGUUUGGAAGAAAUUGCUGAGAAGAUUGAAGGCUAUUCUGGUGCUGAUAUCACUAACGUCUGCAGGGAUGCCUCAUUGAUGGCAAUGAGGCGCCGCAUUAACGGCUUGUCACCAGAAGAGAUCCGUGCUCUCUCUAAAGAAGAGCUUCAGAUGCCUGUCACCAAAGGGGACUUUGACUUGGCUCUGAAGAAAAUCUCCAAGUCAGUUUCAGCCGCAGAUCUGGAGAAGUACGAGAAGUGGAUGUCAGAGUUUGGAUCCGCUUAAUCCUGAAGACAACUCUUUAUGAAGGAUUUCAGAUUUUCAAUUAUAAAAUGUUGGAAGGACUCUGAAACCUUUUAGGCUUGUGUUUUUCUUAUGGACAAGAUUCCUUUUUAAUUUUUUUUUCUUUUUGCACUUUGAGGGAACAAAUGAAAAUGCAAUACAAUGAGGUUGUAGUAUUCCAUAGAAGAAUGUUGAACUGAUAAGCAGAGUGAGGGAAUCCUUGUGUAGUUUUGAUGGUCUGCACUUUAACAGUAAAUGCCAGUGUCCUAUUUUUGUCCAUAUAGUUUUAUCUGCUAAUCAGAUAUGAGAUUGGAUGGGAAGAAAUUAAAAUAAUGCAUCCUUGAUGUUAGGCUGUAUUGUUUGUCAGAUUAGCAUCAGAUCCUGACCUCCUUGAAUGUGGGUUUUUAUUUUGUCUUUUCCCCUUCUAUGCAGAGAUUAUCAGUAUGAUCUAGACUGAAAAUAUUGGGGAUCAUUUUAUGCUGCGUUCAGGUUGCUAUGGCUACAGUGGUAUUUGCUAGAAUCCAAUAAUAAGGCAAAACUGUUUUAGUUUCCCCUAUCUGCUGCCCUCCUGAUAUAUCAAGACUACAUCUCCCAGAAUUUCCAGAAAUCUUUGGACAGGCAGGCUAGGAAUUCUGGUAGUUGCAGUCCUAGCACACCUGGAAGUUGUGAAAGGAAAUGUAUGUCUCCAAACACAGCUCUUUGGCAUCAUAUCCAUCACUUGUAGAAAUAUGCAUAUCAGUUUUGUCCUGUGGAUGUUUACUGUAGCAAGUGGAUUAAAUGCAAUUAGCUCAGUUGCUGCAUCAAAAUCAGAAGCAUUGGGAUCUGAGUUCUUGCAUUAUACUUUGUUAUUUGAAAUUUCAGGACCACUGUUGCUCUUGUUUCUGAUAUAAAUCCAUAGCAAUUUCUAUAUACCACUGUGAGCAAGGUAAAUAUCAGUGCUUCAACUAUCUUAGCCAUUCUAAAACUGUAUGUGUGUAUAUUCCAAUGACUAGUGAUUUAACUAGCCAUUGCAAGGUUUUGCUUAGCUGGUUUUUACACUCAUCUUUUUCUGAAUUAUAUUUUAGGAACACUAGUUGUGUGUUUGCAAUAUAGGAUAUUGAAUUGGAACACAGUGACACUCUAAACUUGAAGCUAUAGAAUUGUCAUUCUUGAAAUCCAGAAAUACUCUCUUCCCUCUCCUUUUUUAAAAAAAAUUCAAUUCUUUUAGUAUUUGUCAUUGGUUUUUAUAAAACAUUAUGCUAUUCCCAGAUGUAGCAAUUUAUGUUCAUGCCUAACAAUAUUUUAAUAGUGUACGUGGAAAGUGUUACAAAACAGUGUCAUUGUCUUUGAGAUCUGUGCAGACAUGAAGUACAGUUGAAAUCUUGAAGUGAUCCUCUGUAUGGGUGGAUCUGGUUUGUUUGUUUAUUUAUUUAUUUAUUUUUGAAGAAAGUUGUGUGAUACAAAUUCCUGCCAGGUUUUGGUUCUGAAUAUGUUUCUAGAAAAGUUAACAUGGAUUGGGAAUUCCAAACCAAGCUGUCUGCAAGUCAGAGGGAUUGCAUCCCAUGAGUUUCAAGAAGUUAUGAAAAUCCAAACUUAAGGUUUUGUUGUCAGAUAAGUAUUUAAAUGCUCUGUAUCUUUGCAUUUGGAGGAAUUGCCCCAAAGCUGCCCGUUUUUUGUCAUUUUUGACGCCAGUAAGCAAAGUGGAAGAUACACAGAUCUCUGGCAGUCUUUCUGCCUUCCCUCCCCAGCAUAUAUUAAGAAUGAUCAUAAUUGAUAGUGACUGAUGGAACCUCUAAUUAGCUGGUAUCUCUUCUUUGUUGAUGUAUUUUAGGUUCAGCUUAAUUUAGUUUAAUUCCCACGUAAACUACCAAACAGUUAACACUUAGCUUUUAUUUGCUUUACAACGAUUUCAUGUGUAAUUACUUAUACAUUUUGAUAACCAACUUUUUGACAGAAUUUUUGGGCAUGUCUACAGUUGUAGAUAAAUAUUAAUAAUAUUUUAUUUAUACAAUGCUGUUCCUCCUAGCAGAAAGAUAAAAUAGCUGAGACAGAUUUGGUUUGGCUCAGUAAGGAAGAGAAAGUGCUCAGAUGGGGAGAGACCUAUUAUACUACGUAUGACAAACUAUGCAGGUUGUGUUUACAACACAUUACACCAGUUUCCACAUAAUAUUAAAUGUAAGUAAUCAAGAAAGCUUGUUGGUGCUUGGCUCCUCCUCCCAGUGGAAGCAGAUAAACAAACCAGAAUGUCCUAUCUGUGAUUUAGCUUUACAUGAGAACUGGGGAUUGUUGUCCUCUCUUUCUCUUAAAAGCCAUAAGCAUAAUCCAGGUUUGUUUGUUUUUUUCUAGUCUAUCUCUUUGGCUUGUUAGAAGAAAAAGCCAAGAUACCAAUCAGUGCUAAACAAACAUAAUGCUAAACAAACCAUAGAUGGAUUUCCUGUUUUGUUUAGCCACACCCAUUUGAGGAGGAGCCAAGUGGGAAUGAUCAAGCAGCAUGAGCAUAUACAAGAUGAUUCAGUUCAAGCCAGAAUUCUUGAAAUUUAAAUAGAAAGUCAUCUUGUGUCAAGACUGUGAAUGGUACAUUGUGUUCAUUUCCAAUAAAAGGCAGCUUUUACCUUGAACAGAAGAAAUCAUAAUAAAUGUCCUAAUGAUGACUCACUUUUCUUUCAUGUGGCAGUUUUUGUUCUGCGGACAGCUUUUGCACUCCUGCUGUAGCUGAGUUGGCAGUGAUGUUCUGGAAGCAUAUGAGGGAAUCAGUAUCUCACCAAAUUUUCCAGUUUUAACAGCAUAACCUUUUUUAGAUCCAUUUAUUGUUUUCCUGUGUGAAGAAAGUGGACUUGGCAUUGUAAUUUGCAAGGAAAAUAAGGACUGUCAUGGGAAACAUAAAACUCUUUUAGGACCCUCUGCUGUUUUUCUUUACAAGAAACUGCAUGCUUUAUUGCUGUCACAUUUUCUGUACUUCAGAAAUAGACAAAAAUAGAUAGAUGAAAUCUUUGGAAUCCUAAAAUAUCAGCAUGAUAAUUUCAGCAUGAUAAUUUAUUGAGAAUACAUGCACAUUAAUUUUUUUAAAAAAAAUGCUAGAUAUCACAAUAAAUAAUUAAGUUGAACACAAAGUACUUGUAUGUUAAAGGUAAAAAUCAUUCUCAAAAUUCUACCUGCCUACCUACCUACUGGAUUUGGCAAUCUUUGCUAGUUUCUCCCAGUUGAUUUGGAUUGCUCUGUUGUUUUAUUUUCUGGAAAUCCAAUUGUGUACUCCAGAUGUGCUAGAUUACCACUUUAGUCACUUGCUACAGGGAUGAUAGGAGAAGAUGGGUAUCAGUAUUUCUUUGUUGGAGCAGGGAGCACUAUUAAAUACUAAUUCAGCACUGAGAGGUGCAGCAGUUUCUCUGAAGUCUCACUGCAGCUAUUCUACUUCUGACGACGAAAGGUACUUUAAAUUUUUGAUUUUAAUCUGAAAACUCUUCUUGAUCCUUUAAUGGGAACAUCCAAUGAAAAUUAUUAUU